UAAUAAUGGAAGAGAAAUAGAUUUUGAAAUAUUAAUAUAUGAUAUUAGUAGAUAACUAUUAUUGAGCUGGAAUGUGGAAAAACUGAUAUUUGAAUUUCAAAAAUUGUUUUAUUUUUUAGUAGAUGGAAUUAUAUUAAAUUUUGUAUUAUAAUUCAAUUUUAAGAAUGAAAAAGAGUGAAUUAAAUUUUGAAAUAUAAUGUAAGAGAUUUCGAUAGAAAUGCGUGAAAGUAGAUAUUGAGAUUAGGAUGAGAAAGAACGAAAAUCAUAUAAAAACGAAAUAGAGAUACCUAGAAAACGACAGAAUGAGAAAGCGAGUGAUAGAUAAAAAAGUGAGAAAAUACAUCACGAAAAAUAAUAAAUAUUAUAAAAAUAGAGCGAAGAAAAUAUUAGUUUGAAUAUCAUUCAGUCAUUGACAGUAUAUGUUUAGAUUAGAGGUUAGAGGUAGCGUAAUCACACAUAUGAUCUAUGUCCUAGCCUACGUGACAGCACAGUCCACGAGUGAUAGUAACCGAAUAAUCUACAAUUUUUAAUUGUGGCAAAAUAAUUAUUGUAAAUAAUUGAUUGAAGAAGCAAAAUGGCUGAAGAUAAACCAGUAGAAUCUCCUCCGACAAGUAACGAGAUAUCUAAAAAAGCCCUGAAAAAGCAGCAAAAAGAAAUGCAGAAAGCAGCAAAAAAAGCAGAAAGAAAAGAUCAAACUCAGUCUCAGCAAGAAUCUACAGAAGAAGCCAAAGAUGUGUCUGUAGGAAAAUAUGGUCAGAUGAACAUGAUCCAAAGUAAGGAAAAAUUCGAAGAUAGAAAAUUUACAGCAAUCAAGGAUUUGAAUAAAAAUCUGGAGAAUGAAAUGGUUUGGUUGAGAGGUCGUUUACAUACAAGUCGUGCCAAAGGCAAGCAAUGCUUCAUUGUAUUGAGACAGCAAUCCUAUACAGUGCAGGGAUUAGCUGCUGUGAAUGAAAAAAUCAGCAAACAAAUGAUUAAAUUUAUUUCCAAUAUCACAAAAGAGUCUAUAAUUGAUAUUAAGGCCAUAGUAAAGUCUGUACAAUCAAAAAUUGAGUCAUGUUCACAAGCAGAUGUAGAAGUUCAUAUAGAAGAAGUGUUUGUGAUAAGUGCUGCCAAGCCACAGCUUCCUUUACAGAUAGAAGACGCCGCAAGACCUAUUGGCGAAGCAGACGAGACGGCGUUAAAUAUUCGAGUGAAUCAAGAUACCAGACUGGAUAACAGAGUGUUAGAUCUGCGUACUCCAGCUAAUCAGGCGAUUUUCAGGGUAGAAGCUGGAGUUUGUAAACUCUUUAGGGACAUUCUGACGAAAAAAGGCUUUGUCGAGAUACAUACUCCUAAAAUCAUUUCUGCAGCCAGUGAGGGUGGAGCAAAUGUGUUUACAGUGUCUUAUUUUAAAAAUAAUGCUUAUCUAGCUCAAUCGCCGCAAUUAUACAAGCAAAUGGCUAUUGCUGCUGAUUUUGAUAAAGUUUUUACUGUUGGAGCAGUUUUCAGAGCGGAAGAUUCCAAUACGCACAGACAUUUGACAGAAUUUGUAGGCCUUGAUCUGGAAAUGGCCUUUAAAUAUCACUACCACGAAGUGGUAGACACUAUAGGACAAAUGUUCACUGAGCUCUUUAAAGGUUUACGUGAGAUCUACGCAGAUGAUAUAGCAGCAGUCAAUCAACAGUAUCCUGUGGAACCUUUUAAAUUUCUUGAACCAGCUUUGAAAUUAGAGUUUUCGGAAGCGAUCGAAUUGUUAGCGGAAGCAGGCGUUACUCUUGGGGAAGAGGAUGAUCUGUCAACACCAGACGAAAAACUCUUAGGAAAACUCGUUAAACUUAAAUAUGAUACGGAUUUUUAUAUUUUGGACAAAUAUCCUCUUGCUGUGAGGCCGUUUUAUACGAUGCCAGAUCCAAACAAUCCUAAAGCGUCUAACUCGUAUGACAUGUUUAUGCGAGGCGAAGAGAUUAUAUCUGGUGCACAACGUAUCCAUGAUCCAGAUUUUCUAACUGAACGAGCUAAACAUCAUGAAAUCGAUAUCGAAAAAAUCAAGUCAUACAUCGACGCCUUCAGAUACGGAUGUCCGCCGCAUGCUGGCGGCGGUAUUGGCAUGGAACGCGUUGUGAUGUUGUAUCUUGGCUUGGAUAACAUACGUAAAGUAUCUAUGUUCCCGCGUGACCCUAAACGACUUACUCCUUGAAAUUAAAAUAUCAAUAUUUCGACUGACAUUGUUAUGUAUUCGAAAAUAGAAUCUUAUAUCUUGAAUACAUGUAUUUUAUAAAUGAUAAA